CCCCCUCCCUCUUCACCAACAUGCCAUCAAAUAAUAGCAUCAGCCUCUGCUGAAAAACCAGCUCUCUCCAUAGCAACCUCACAGGAACACGAAAAACAGGUCCAGCAUGGCACCAGGCUGGGCGGACGGCGUUAUGGCUAUUUGAGGAGGGCACGGUGAUCCAGCACUUGCUUCGCAGAUGACUGAGGGGAGAUGGACCACCUCCUAUUGUAGCUGGCUCUGACAGGUGUGCGUGUGUGUACAGGCCUGCAGGGCGUGCUGGUGUGAUGGCGUAUGCUGGGCCUGAGCUGCAGUGGAAAUGGACAGUGCUGCACGACUCUGUGUCGCUGCAUGCUGUGGAGAGGAGGAUCCGUGCUGCGGCCGCUGCUGCUGCUGCUGGGAACAGACAGUGGAGGCUGCACAGCCGGCCCCGGCCACAGUACUCUCCGCUGGACGAGCGCAGGCUGCACUACGCUGCGUGGGAUGGCUGUCUGGAGCAGGUGAAGGACCUGCUGGAGCACGGUGUCCCUGCUAACUGCCAAGACCCUCAUGGCUGGACAGCCGUCCACCACGCUGCUUUCCGCGGACACUUGACACUGCUCAGAUUCCUGCUGCAGAGCGGUCAGGUGGAGGUGAACUGCCGGGACUUCUUCAGCUGCACUCCCCUGCACCGCUCCUGCAUGGGGGGCAAUACAGACACCACAGAGUAUCUCCUCCAGAAGGGGGCAUCUCAUGAGGUGCGCUCUGGCUCCGGACAGACGCCCCUGCACCUGGCAGCAGCUAGUGGCCACCUGGGCUCGGCACGGGCACUGCUGCAGCACCUGGCCACUCCCGACCUGCAGGACUUCCACAGGUGGACGCCACUGCACUGGGCGGUGUGUGGAGGCUGGGGGGACAUGGCGGAGCUCCUGCUGGAUAAUGGGGCAGAUGUGGAAGGGGCGAGCGGCGGGGGCAUCACUCCACUGCAGCUGGCCGUGAUGGUGGGCAAUGAGGCGGGCGUAAGACUUCUGCUCCAUCGGGGGGCCGACACAAAUCUCAGAGGCUCCAGCGGACGGACAGCACUACACAUGUGUGCCUGCUCUGCUGAGAAAAAGAUCCUACAGCACCUCCUAGCAGCCGGGGCUAAAGUAUGUGUACGGGACGGAGAGCAGGCCACGCCGCUGCAUCUGGCCGCCCUCGCCGGCUCCAGGGCGGUGGUCCACCUGCUGAUCCUGAAUGGGGCUGGGCUGGAAGACAGGGAUAUCCUGGAGAUGACCCCAUUGCACUACUCCACUCUGAAGGACAAUGCUGAAGCUGCUAAGCUCCUGCUGCAUUACGGAGCAGAGGUGGACGCUACUGAAAGGCUGGGACGGACAGCGCUGCACCUGGCCGCAGAGAGAGGCCACUGCAAGGUCCUCAGUGUGCUGCUGGAAAGAGGUACAGACCCCUCGCUUCGGACAAAGUGGAGAGAGACCGCAGAAGAUGUGGCAAGGGCGCACAGGCAGUCUGGAUCCCUUCUCUUGCUCCAGCAACACAGCAAACCUCCAGUGAAAGCACAAACUCCAGGCCAUGAUGGCACAUAGCAGAGACUGGCAGCCAGAAAAAGACCGUUCUGAAUGCCAGCCAAUAUGUGAGAGCAGUGGGUUUAGGGGGGAUUUCACGGUACAGUUUCUCAGUUUGUUGAAUGACUUAACAACAUACAACCGCAUAUGCAAAAAGCUUGGGAUGCUGUGCAAAUGUAAAUAAAAACAAAAUGCAACAAUGUGCAAAUCAUUUAAACUCGAUAUGUAAUUAAAAGUAGUACAAAGACGACAUAUCAAAUGUUGAAACUCAGAAAUUUGAUUGUUUUUUUGAAAAACAAAUGUCAGUUUUGAAUUUGAUGCCAACAACAUGUUCCAAAAAAGUUGAGAUGGGUGGUUAAUUGGCAACAAGUCAGUA